GGAAGCAGCAUCGCCAGCAUGAAGCCUACUAAAUUGGAGCAGGCUCAACACAGACUGGCACAAAUACUAGAUGGUUAUUCACCAGAUUAUCUCACCAAGUCGUUCCAGGAUCUGGUUAAGAAUUCUUGCCAGCAUGAUCAGAUAUUUAAAAAGUUGAUUAAGUUUCUGAAAGCAAUGCUUUUGGCCAUUUUUCUGUUGUUAGGUGUAAAGUACUAUUAUGAGGAAAUGCAGGGAAAAAACUGUGUCCUUGCUCUGCCGCGCACUCUGCGAUAUGCACUCCGACCUCCUGAGUCUUGUGACUUUUGUGCGAAAAUCAAAAAUGUGCCACGUCUUCAGAACCUUAGUCCUCAAGAAUUUGAGAGAAAAUACGCCUACAAUGCCGCGCCAGUUAUUGUCAGCGAUGCCACACAAAAUUGGACUGCAGUUCGGCUCUUCAACUACGGAUAUUUCCACGAUGUGUAUGCCAAGGCCAAGCAGAAAAACCAAAUAAGGGACUGCCAAUUCUUGCCCUACAAAACGGGCUUCCAGGACAUUUACGAAGCUUUGGACAUGCCGCAGGGUAGAGUGAAUCUAAAGCCAGGUGAAAAGCCCUGGUACUUCGGGUGGAGCAAUUGUCAUGCGGAAACUGCAGAGGAGUUUCGGCGUCACUAUGGAAGGCCCUAUUUCCUGCCCGAAAAGUCGGAGAAUAAUGCAGUUGAUUGGUUUUUCAUUGGAACUUCCGGCCUAGGGGCACAAAUGCAUAUUGACAAUGUAAGGUUGCCUUCGUGGCAGGCCCAACUGGCUGGCAGCAAACGCUGGCUGCUGGUGCCACCUCCCGAGUGCUAUCUCCAGUGCAAGAGUUUCGACGUGGUGGUCCAGCAGGGAGACAUAAUUGUCUUGGACACGAACAAAUGGUACCACCAGACCUUUGUGCAGCCGGGAGCUAUAAGUCUGACCAUUGGGGCCGAGUACGACUAGAUUCAACCGGCUGCAGGCGGUUUUUCCUCGUGACAGGAAACGGUUGCCACAACAUCUCCAUCGCCGUGCAACAUACAAAACUUAAAAAAAAAUAAAACUAACAAAUAUGGUUAACUGUUACUGUUGAAGUAACAAACUUAACUUUAACAUUGCAUUUGCCGGGUAUCCAUAAUAUGUAUAUUGUCGCUCUGUUUUGCCAGCCGGUUUGUUAAUUAAAUGCCAAAACACGCAAAUUUCUUAUGUCGAGCAGCUGCUCGAGAAAAUCUCCCCAAAAAUGGGGGCCAGCAACUUCCUCGAAUGGUGCGACAUGUAAAACGCGUGUCAGGCGACAACGAUGCGUGUUAACAAUGCGUAAGUAUUAAGUAAUUACAACAACAGC